AUGGGCCAGACUAGCUCUCAAAUUCCGGAGCACGAGCUCGAGCAAUUGAGCAUUGAAAGCGGAUGUGAGUUUCUGAAAUGCUUGCAUUAUAUUAUAUUAUAUAAUUUAUAAAAAUUCACGUUUUUGGUAAAAAAGUAGAACAGUUGCGAGUUUGGUCAGAAAAGCGAACUUCAAUUUACUUCUCGGGCUCUUAAUUUAUUCAUGAAAAGCGCCCACUUUUUAGAGCCACGGACUACAUUUUCUGUCUGCCCUUUCGAAAAAAGCUCUCAAAUUUCUUCAAAUAUUUUCCGUUCACAAUAUUUUUGUUCAGUGUCGAGGAAGGGAAUUCUCAAGUUGUACAGCCGAUUCAUCUCGUUGGCCACUCAUCGCGACAAGACCACAAAUGAGUACUUCUUGACGAAGGGGGACUUCCAGGUAAGAUUUUUAGCAAAAUCACCACGAACACUUCUGAACAUGCUCGGGCUCGUUUUUAUCACUCCGUAUCGCAAAACGUACCCUUUCAGCACGCAAAUGAGGCGCUACGCAGCGACAAAAUACUGGCGGGAGCCACAGCGCUUUCAUCUAACAGUAAGGAUCCAGAAAAUUUCACAUCCAUCUCAGUCGCAUUUUUUUCAAUUGAAAUUUAAAACUUAGCAUGGCGCCAACCGCGCGCCUGCGAACGUAGCUAUUAGACCGUCGACUGUUUUCUCUAGUCCCCAACUAUUUUUUCAAAAAUGCGACGUAAAAUCAAACAUUCGGCUAUCAUGAGAACUCUGAAAGCUCGUAAGCUAUUGUUUUUAAAAAGAGAGACACGAAAUUCGGCCUGAGACACAAAAAAGUUGUUUAUUCGUUUAUGUGGCCGCGCCGUCAUCAAAAAAUACUUUUAAAAGAGCAGGAAACGCAAAAAGCAUACCAAAAACGGGCUGGAAAUUCGAACGUUUCAAAAUUUGAAUCCUUCAAUUGCAAUUUUUCAGUCAAUCGCCGAGCUGAAGCAGAACCCGCUGGGCGACCGGAUAAUCGACGCUUUCUUCGCCGACGCCGAGUAAGAAAUGAGGGGCGACUACAAAAGUUGCAGAGAAGAAAAAAAGAUGUGGAAAAAAAAGGGAAAACAUGGGGGAAUCAGAGAAGAGUGAAUGACUGAGUGAAUAAAUAAUAAUAAUAAUAACAUAGUAGUGUGAGAGAAAUAGGAAGCAGGAGGGAGAACAAUCUGGCAUAAUAUGAUAGAGCAGAAGAAGAAGAAGAAGAAGCAGAAGAAGAAUGAGGCUCUAUUCUCAGGAAAAAACGGAGACACGCAAAUAUUUUUGGCUCUCGGCGACGUGGAUGGAUGAGCACGGAGGCUCGAGAUUAUAUUCAUUUAGGCGUAUUCUCCGCUUUGCUCUUUUCUUGCUUUUUCUAGAGCCCGAGCUUUUGAUAUUCUUGAAAAAUGCACAUUUUUAGGCCAACGUGCGCUAAACCUUGGUUGUGACGACUGAAGACAGCGUGAAUUAAUGAUAUGUUUGGGCGAUUAUCAGUUAGACAAUUUUUCGACAUUUUAGUACGAAGAAAAAACUAAGUAUUUCAGCUUCCCGCAAUUUAUGCUCGAUUUAUGCAUCAUUUCUCACGUAGGCCCAAAAAAUUUCUAGCGGACAAGAAUUUAGACGAAAAAAGGAGUAAGAGCAAAAUGUUCAUGACGGCUCCGAAAAAAGAAGAGUGACCCUUGGGACGAGCUAGUAACUUUUGCUUUUUGGUGGGUGUGGUGCACCAAUAAUAAUGUUCGUAGAGAGAAGAAAUUCAGGCGGAAAAAUGGAGAAUACAUAGGAAUCAAGAAAUCGUUGCCUUUUCUACAUUUCCCUUUUUCUGGGAGGGGCUACAAAGAAAAAGAAGGACGAAGAAGCUUUUGUGGCACGAAAAGAGAAAGGGAAUAAAAGUAAAAGUAGGGAAAAAAAAAGAAUUAGUUUUAGGUUGGCUGACUUUUCCCCCUUUCGAACAAUUUCUUUCCGGAACGCUCUAGAUUUUUGACAUUAUCCGUUCAUCUUUGCUCACAGAAUAAGAAGAUUCGGCUCGGGCUGUGCCGAGCAGCUGACGCUCAGCAGCCUCUCAAAAGUGUGCGUUGCCCCACUUCUAGUUACACUUUUCGUGGGAAACACGGAAUAAGACAUACUUUCGUAGCACAUCAGCAGAAUACGCCAUCAAGUUUAAAAAAACAAAAGAGAGAGCGAGAAACUCCUUGCUCUCGAAAAACUCGCACACACAAAAAUGUUGUUAAUCUUAUUUUGGGUCGCAAGCUCUUUCUUUCUCCCCAAAGAGCCCCUCAUUGUCUCGGCGCGGCGUCUAACCAAUUAGCGAGUUCUCUGCGAGCUCACAAAGAUAUAAAAUCGCGUGAUAGAGAAACAAUUCGGGCUGGAACUGGGUUGGCUGGAAGAAUUUCUAACUUACUGACAGAUUCAACAGAUUCAAAUGAUUCAAAAACAUUGGUUACAGAGUGCUCGAGCGUCGUAAGGUGUACUUCAAAGAUUUCGUAAAAGUGCUGAGCCACUUCCGUCCGAUCAACAAGAACAAGCCGCAUCCAUGGAACAGCCGGGAAGCCAAGUUGAGAUGUAUGUGUACGAGUUUCCACAAAAAUAGGAAUAGAGAGGGGAGGGGAUGAAAUAUGUGUUUUACUAAUUUUUCCUCCUUUUUGUUCUUUUCCAGUCGCGUUCACCAUGUACGAUUUGAACAAAAGCGGCACGAUCACUAAGGACGAGUUCCAGGACAUUCUUGAGAUGAUGAUCGGAGCGAAUGUGCCCAAGGAGCAGGUGAACUCGAUCGCCGAUCGUACGAUGCGUGAAGCCGAUCGGGACGGAGACGGAUACAUCACUUUCCAGGAGUUUUGCAAUGUAAAAACUAGAAAAAUAGAAUGCAAUCUAAACAUUUUUAAUUUCAGGCUAUGGAAAAGACCGAUAUUGAGCAGAAGAUGUCGUUCCGCUUCCUCACAUAA